AUGCCCGUCGUGUCGCUGUCUCCCUGGCACUCGGCCGAGGGCUUGACCAUCGACAGCGUCCUCCGCCUCGCCAACUCGACUCUGCUCAACCCAGUCGUGUCGUGGCUCCUCCCCGUCCUCGCCAUCCUCCGGUCCUCGCACGCCCACUCGCUCUCGACCGCCCUCGACGCCGUCCGACUGGCCGACUUCCCCCACCUCGUCCGCACCGAUCGCGGCGUCCAGCUCGCCCUCGCCCUCUUCGCAGCCGGCAUUGCGCUCAGGGUCAACGACGCCCUCGGCAGAGCCGCUCGCAACAACUUCUCGCGCGACCAGAAGGGGUGGAACUGGGACGAUGAGGUCGUGGCCAUCACGGGCGGUGCCGGAGGACUCGGCAGCGAGGUCGCCCGCCGCCUGUCGGCCAAGGGCGUCAAGGUGGUCGUCCUGGACGUUGCUCCCCUCGCCGACAAUGCUCCGGCGGGUAUCUCGUACUACAAGGUCGAUCUCGCGAGCGCGCAGGACGUCCAGGAGGUGGCCCUCAAGGUGCAAAAGGAGGUCGGGCACCCGACGGUGCUCGUCAACAUGGCCGGCGUUGUGCGGGCGACAUCCAUCCUCGACAUGACGCAGCGCGACGUCGACCUGACCUACGACAUCAACGUCAAGGCGCACUACUACACGACGCAGGCGUUCGUCCCGCACAUGGUCGAGGAGGGUCACGGCCACGUCGUCACGAUCGCCUCGUCAACUGCCUACCACUCGGCCGCAACUGGCGUCGCCUACUGCUCGUCCAAGGCCGCCGCGCUCUCGUUCCACGAGGGCCUGACCGAAGAGCUGCGGCACCUGUACCAGCCGUCGAGUCGGGCGCGCGCCGUGCGGACGAGCGUCGUCGCGCCGGCCCACUUCAAGACGGGCAUGUUUGCUGGGUUCGAGAGCGCCAUCCCCGAGUGGCUCGCGCCGAGCCUGGAGGUCGCAACGGUGGCGGGCCUGGUCGAGCGCACGGUGCUCAGCGGCGAGUCUCAGCACCUCAUCGAGCCGUUCUACGCCAAGUGCACGCCUCUCGGCCGCGCCCUCCCGACCUGGCUCUACGGCGCCAUCCUCUUCUGCGCAAAGGACGCCAUGGGCGCCGUCAAGAUGUUCAAGGCUCGCGAGGCCAAACGCGACUGACGGUGGACGGGUCGAAGCAGAGCUACAGUCGCCCCAUAGACAGUCGCCGAUGCAUUGCAGAGUCUAUCGGCGAGC